CAAACGCCGAGUGAAGAUUGGCUUGCACAUGUAGAAGAAGAAUGAAGAACAUGGUAAACAAGGAGAAUAAAAUCGACCCCACAUUCCAAUUAGGCCACUAAAAGGGCUGAAAAGAAUAAAGGAAGAAGUUUAAUCCAUCUCGACUAAAAUGAAUAAAAUAAUUGGAAGAUGAAAAAGUCCGUGGUGAAUGGAACGGAAACGGAUGUGGAAUAGGCGAAAUCUGGGUGGUGGGUUUCGCGAGAGAGGCCCCCUGAACCAACAUCUUCUCAUCUCUGUUCUACGUUUGUUUGCUGCAUUUCUGGUGCCACUUCUGCCGAUUGUUUCUGGGUUUGAUCCGAUCAGUGUUCAUGGGUUAUGAAUCUUCUCUGUAACAGAGAUUUAUAUUGCUUUUCCGGGAUCAGUUAUGCAAGAAAGUUUGGUCUACUGAUUGAAGUUGUAAUUCCAUUGUAAGAACAAGAACCAUGUCGCCCAGAGGACGUAGAAGAGGAAGACGAGGAAGGGGACGACCCCCUAUUAGAGGUAGAGGAAGAUGUGAGGCUGAAGAGAGCCUGUCUUGAGAAAGGUCAGUAACUUGGACGGUCGCAACUACGCCGCCUCAAGCUGCACCCACCUCCAGCGAUUGGAAUAGAUCCUACUACUGCGCUCCUCAAGCUGUACCACCACAAGCUUCACCACCUCCAGCAGCACCAGCAGUUGGAAUAGAUCUCACUACUAAUUUGUUAUGAGAGUCAUUUCAGGCCAUGAUGCAUGCCAUGAUGGUCAUUCAACAAGCUAACAACUCACGAUCUACUAGUGGAGUAGACUUGCUAGAGGACUUCAAGGAGUUUGAUCCGCGCCCAUUCACCAGUUUUACGAGAGAUCCAACAGAAGCCCAAAUGUGGAUUUUAUCCAUAGAAACCAUUUUUUCUGUCCAUGGAAUGUCCGGACAACUAUAAGGUACUCUGUGCGUCAUUUAUGCUGCAAAAAGACGCGGAAUUAUGGUGGAUGGACAAUAAGAAUAGUAUUAACCCAAGAGGGGGAAUCAUGACGUGGGAUUGGUUUAAGGAGGCCUUCCUAAAGCAAUAUUAUCCCAAGGCGGCUCGACUUAAGAUACAAUAGGAGCUCACCCUUCUGACUCAAGGUGAACACUCAGUGGACCAAUAUGACAGGGAAUUUAUGAGGCUAAAAGGGUUUCGUGCCGUCAUUAGUGUACACUGAAGAAAAGAUGACCGAGAAAUUUGUUUUGGGCCUAGACUCGAAGAUCCGCUGCAUAGUGUAGAAGUCAUAAACCCAAAGACGUAUGAGGAGGCACUAAGAAUAGCCAAAGUCUUGGAAAAGCCUCAAGAAGAAAGGCGUCGAGAACCAGUAGUCACUGUUGGAAGGUAACGCCUGUAUGAACCUAGAUAGAUAGACAGACUAUCGACCACCGGCGUGAAGGACUCGAUAUGAUGAUAGACAUCUUGCCCAACAUGUAGAUAGACACCCAGAGAUAGAGAGAGGGGUCAAAGACGUGAGAAGCCUUAAUGUCGCGAAUGCGAGGAGCAUUGGGGUAAAUGUAUGGCAAGUUCGAUGAUAUGUUUCAGAUGUGGUUAUGAAGGUCACACAGCCAAAUACGGUACUGGGAAGGGUACCAAGAAUCCAGUAGAAUCACCUAGAGGUCCAGACAGUGGCGAGCGAACUGUGCAAACCUGCUCGCAGGCAAAGGCAAAUGCAUCUACUAGUAGAGACGCUGGAACAUCUAACACCGUGGUGACAGGUGCAAUGGGGGUAUCAUUACUCAAAGUACUCCUCAGACAUAUUUCAUCAUUUCUUCAACUUUCAUCUACUGACUUCAUAAAUUUACAACCUACUCUGAAGUACUUCCACAAAAUAGAAGGGAUCUUCAAACUAUUGAGACCAAUACUAGAUGCAGUUGUUGAUUCAGAUAUAGCUUCCGAUGAAGAGCUUACUAAGGCGUUUGAAGAACUCGAUCAUUCAAUUGAUGAACUAAGGGCGCUCUUCGAAAAUUGGCAACCGUUGUCGAGUAAAGUAUACUUUGUAUUGCAAAGUGAAGCAUUGAUAUCAAAGAUUGGGAAAUCUUGCUUAGAUAUAUUCCAGCUUUUUCAGUCUUCAAAUGAAAAUCUUCCGGAGGAAUUGAGUUCAUCAUCUCUUGAGCACUGCGUCCAAAAAAUUAAGCAUUUUGGAAAGGAAGAAAUAUCUUCCGUUAUUAAAGAUGCCAUAGGGAAUGAAGUAGAGGGCAUUGCACCCAGCUCAGAUGUUUUGGUGAAACUUGCGGAUUUUCUGAGCUUGAGAUCAAAUCAGGAGAUCUUAAUUGAGGCUGUAGCACUUGAAAAGUUGAAAGAGAGUGCAGAACAAGCUGAAAAUACUGAAGAAGCUGAGGGCAUUGAUCAAAUGAUUGCUCUUGUAACCCAUAUGCAUGAACGGUUUAUUAUGAUAAAUCAAUCCCAAAAUUCUAGUCCUGUAUCAAUACCUGCUGAUUUCUGCUGUCCUCUUUCUCUCGAACUGAUGACAGAUCCAGUUAUUGUAGCAUCGGGGCAGACGUACGAGAGGGUAUUUAUUAAAAAUUGGAUCGAUCUGGGGCUCAAUGUUUGCCCGAAGACUAGACAGACGUUGGUUCACACGAAUCUUAUACCAAAUUACACUGUUAAGGCUCUGAUUGCAAACUGGUGUGAGACAAACAAUGUAAAAUUGUCUGAUCCCUCGAGGUCGGUGAACUUAAACCAGCUUUCGCCUGUUCUCGCUGGGAACUUUGAGUCUGAUACCCAUCGAGAGCCCAUUUUUCCUCAUUCCCCUGGUUACCAACCGAUGUCCCCGCAGUCAACCAGGUCUGCAGGUUCAGGAAAGAACAUGAACUCGCUUGGGGUAAGCUAUCGAGAUGGAAGUUCUUCUUUGCUCUCCCACUCUUUCUCUGAGGAUUCCUUAUCAAAUGAUGCUGGUGAUGAACGUGAGAUUGAUGUUAGUAGACUGUUGCUAUCAAGCUCGGAAGAUCAAAUGGCCAAAUUGGAAGAAAAUGGUUACGAUUUGGUCGCUAAACCGUCUACGUCACCAUCUAAAGCCAAUGUUCCAGAUACCAGUGGUGAGGAUGAACCGUCUCAUAGUCAUAACAGGACCGCCUCCACCUCUAGUGCAGUCUCGAAUACUAAUCUCUCUCAAGGAACUUCAGGGGAACCCAAUGAAUCUGUCAGUGAUGCUGCUGGGGAGAGUAAAUCAGAGCCCUUGGCUGCUACCUCGACUACCAACCACAGAGAACCAGAUCGGGAGCAUCCACCGAGACUAGCUGACCCAAGAUCUCAAGGUAAUACAAUGUGGCUCCGACCAUCAGAGAGGUUUGCUUCUAAGAUGAUUGCACCAUCUGCUAAUGAGACGAGGCCUGAUCUUUCUGCUAUUGAAGCACAAGUUCAGAAAGUGGUAGAGGAAUUAAAGAGCAGUUCACUUGAAACUUUAAGAGGAGCUACGGCUGAACUGCGGCUACUGGCCAGACAUAACAUGGAUAAUCGAAUAGUGAUCGCUCAAUCCGGGGCCAUCGAAUAUUUGGUUGAUUUGCUCCUGUCUGCAGACUCGAAGCUACAGGAGAAUGCUGUGACAGCUCUUCUAAACUUAUCGAUCAAUGAUAAUAACAAAAAUGUCAUUGCCCAGGCUAAUGCAAUUGAACCAUUGAUUCAUGUUCUUAAAACUGGGAGCCCAGAAGCAAAGGAGAACUCAGCAGCAACUCUUUUUAGCCUCUCAGUGAUUGAAGAGAACAAGGUCAAAAUUGGAAGGUCUGGAGCAAUAGGACCUCUAGUUGAAUUACUGGGUAAUGGAACUCCCAGGGGAAAGAAGGAUGCAGCUACAGCUUUGUUUAAUUUGUCGAUAUUCCACGAGAACAAGGCUAGAAUCGUACAAGCUGGAGCUGUGAGGCAUCUUGUGGAGCUGAUGGACCCAGCUGCAGGAAUGGUUGACAAGGCUGUUGCUGUGUUGGCAAAUCUCACCACGAUUCCCGAGGGUCGGUCUGCAAUUGGUCAGGAAGGUGGAAUUCCUGUUCUUGUCGAGGUCGUCGAGUUGGGUUCUGGGAGAGGAAAGGAAAAUGCAGCAGCAGCAUUAUUGCAGCUUUGCACAACAAGCAGUAGGCAUUGCAGUAUGGUGCUCCAAGAAGGAGCCGUGCCACCAUUAGUGGCAUUGUCUCAAUCUGGCACUGCUAGAGCCAAAGAAAAGGCUCAAGCGCUUCUUAGCCAUUUCAGAAGCCAGAGACAUGGGAAUUCGGGAAGAGGGUAAAUAUUUUUAUACGACGAUCUUAAACGCCAUAUGAGGUUUGUGAAAGAGAAGAGAUGUAUGAAGAUAUUCAUGUUCAUCUAAUCAAACAAAUAAUAUAUGCAUGUGAAGGUAUUUCUGGUUGCUUCAUUUUUUUGCACUGUAUGUUUCCCAAAAGUUAAAAAUUACUUAAGAUUGGAUUAGGUUCUGUAAAAUAUGAUGUUCUAGUUCAUGAAUUAAUUAUUAUUUUUGUAACACUGAAGUGAGAAUAUUUCAUGUCGAUCCCUCGCGACGAACAAGGAUCUACUUGAUGUGUAAUGCCAAUAUCGUGUUCGAUGUGUUGCGAUGCA